AUGCCUAGCAUGAAAUCGACUCGGAGCCGUGCGGGUGGCGCUGACCGGGGCGGCAUCCGCAAGCGAGGUCCUACGCGGACCGACCGCGACGGUGAUAUGGAGAUGGAUGGACCUGGCCGUGGCAAAAGGACGCGAGGCGACACCGGUCGUGCGACUGGUGGUGGCCGAGCUCAGACUCGAGACAAGACCAUGGAUGCGAUCCAGAAGGCAAUUUCCAGCAGCACCAAGGAGUCGCAGGCAAACAUCCGACAGUCGAAGGGUGCUGCACGAGCCAGCCUGGAGCAGUUUCGUGUGAGCGGUUGGAAACAGAGCAAGGCAGCAUCCAACCGAGACGGCGGCGUCGAAAGUCUCGUCGCAUUCCUCGAACGACGACUGAACGCAAUCACAAAAUCAGGCCCCCGCGCAAAAAUCACAAAGUCGCGGGUUGAAGGUGACUCCCUCGUGGUGUCUGUUCGCCCCGAACUCGCAGAAAGAAUGCUCCGGAUCAAUGGCAACCAGUUUGCAGGCAUCCAGAUCGCUAUCGAGCCACAAACUCCCAACGGAUCUUUGGACCACGAGCUAGCUGCGACAACCGGCACCUCCGCUGCUACCGCAGAUACCAAAUCCAAAAUGACAGCCAUUCUGGCCAAGCGCUAUUACCCAGACACCAAACUGCUGGACCUUUCGAAGCUCGGAACCGAUCCGGAUUUGCACGCAAUGGGCAUCUUCAACAGCACCUCGACCGAAUCCAAGUUCUUCCCUGCCCUUAUGAAAGUCUGGGAGAUGGGUUUCACCAGUUCGGCGCAGCGGCGCGAAGCGGUCCAAAGUGUCAGCCUCGCAGACAACCAGCUUGCAACCAUCUCCGUGGUUACAACUCUCUCUCAAACAAUCCCGGACCUCAAGAACUUGGACCUCUCAAACAACAACUUCAAAGAUAUGCACUCGUUAAUUGCAUGGCGGUGGAAAUUCCGAAGCCUCGAGUUCCUUGAUCUGAACGGCAACCCUUUCAGCGCGGACCCGGGCUUCAAGGAUACCAUGCUCAAGUGGUACCCCAAACUGCGAUUCCUGAACCACGUGGAGGUUCGAACGGCGGAAGACAUUGCUGCUCAGAAGAAGACACCGAUCCCUGUCCAAGCUCCUUACUUCCAGGACGAAUCCCAAAUCGGUGAGAACUUUGUGCGUGCUUUCUUCGUCGGCUAUGACAACGACCGCAACGAUCUCCUCAACGGCGUAUAUGACAGCCGCUCCACCUUCUCUCUCAACGUCAACACCCAGGCCCCCAAAGCCCAGCAUACUGAAACCGCUGGCUGGGACCCUUACAUCAAGAAGAGCCGCAACCUUUUGAAAAUCAGCCAUCUCCCCGCACGCAUGUCACGUUCCUAUGUUGGCGCAGACAGCAUUCGCGAAAUCUGGAGCACACUCCCCCCACCCGGCACCCCGACAUGGCGGCUCAUCCGGAGGAAUGGCUCAUCGAAUGCCAUCCGAUACCUGGACUCCCCGACCCCAGUGGACAGAGCGAAUCCGGCCGUCGCAAACAAAGUGGAGACCCGCAGUUUCGACCGCACCUUCAUCCUCGGUCCUGGCGGCGGCGUUGGUGGUAUCCGAGUGAUCAGCGACAUUCUGUGUCUUCGUGCCUACGGCGGCCAUGAGGCGUGGAGUCCCGAGAACCAGGCCAUUCCUCAGGCCAUUCCUCAGGCCGCAGCUCCGGCCGCAGCGCCUGCGGCUCAGCCCCUGGUGCCCAUGGCUCAACCCGGGAUCCCCGACGGUUAUGGUGCUCCUGGGCCCGGCAAGACCGACGUUCAGGUCCAACAAGAGCAAUUGGUCGCUCAGCUUAGUGCGCGAUCGCGCAUGACCCUGCAAUUCUCGGAGAUGGCUCUGUCAAGUAACAACUGGGAUUUGGAAACUGCCUGGCAAAAUUUCGAGCAACUGAGGGCGCAAGGCGGAGUGCCCGCCGAUGCCUUCCUGCCGGCAUAA